UGACAGAUUUACUAUUUUGUCUAUGAUAUACAGUGACUGUUGGCGGAGAGUGUCUGUUUUGCCCGUAUUUUGUCGUAAUUUUACGGCCAUGUGUGGUUACAAUUACGUGUUUGACAAAAUUUCUAGUGAUGAUAUCCACCACUGCAAAUAGUAAAGUAAAAAACCCGAAGGGAACGGAGGGUAUCGAUGCUCCAGAAAGGGACGAAAUUGGACAAGAAAACACGGACGAUAAGGUCAGAGGUUAUGUUGGUGCGUAUGAUGCAUCCUCAUCUUUUGGGGGGCCGUCCAGAGAUGGCAGGUAUCGGUCCCGCGGUCGUGUCACCGAGUUCAGGCCGUCGCGAGGCGGUGGGCGCGGGGGCAGGGGCCGCGGCGGAUUCCCGCCCCGCGGUGAUCGUGAACCCCUCGAUAAUUCCUAUAAAUAUCACGAAUCGCUAAACCAGUCCUCCAACGACACCUGGUCGCAAGGAAACAACAGCAACAAGUUCUAUGAACGAUCAGAGUUGGUCGUCAAUCUCCCGGAAGAUCCGCGAAUCUCCAAGUUGCUGCGUCGACUGUGUGCCGAGGUGGACAUGGAAAAAUCGCUUGUCAUAUGUAGCAAACUUCAGGACGCCAUCAUGUUGCCGGAGAACUCGCGGUACAUACGCCGUUCUUACGACAUAUUAGUGGAAUCACUCCUGGAUGUGCUCUAUGAUGCCCCUGGGCCUGAGACAAAGGAAGGUGCAUCAAUAGUUCUUGGAAGAAUCGGCUACGUCAUGGGCCCUGACUUUCGAAAACAUCUGGAUUGGAUUGCAGCUACCUUUGCUGUGCACAACUCAACUAUUAAACAUUAUCUGAUUCUAUCAUUUACAGAGACCUUUCAACUGGAUUACCAAACACCUCAUUUGACUGAUUUUGCUGAAUUGACUCUGGACAGGCUUCAGACUGUCAUUGAAGGCACAGACUCAGCUGAUGUCUUCAUGUCUGCUAUAAAUGCCAUGAUUGUCAUGUCAAAUUCAUAUCCAGAACACUUUGCAAACCAUUUUGUGGACACUGUGGAUAUACUGGUUGGUUGGCAUGUUGAUAACGCUCAGCCUAAGAGGAUCAAAGACUUUGCUCUACAAUCAUUGUUCAAACUGAGUCGCCACUGGCAAGCUGAUGUUGGAUUUUCAGUGAAUCUACUGAACCAGUUUGUAGAAGACAUGGUGGCUUAUUCUACGGACAUGGAUCCAAAUCGUACAGAAAAACAAAAUGAUGUGACUACACCUGAAGAUUGUAUGCAGAAGAUCACAUCAUUCCUCAAUGUAUUCAACACUGUUGUCAAAAGUUUGGGAACACUUUUGAGUCCUACUGUCACACAAAUUGUGUCAUGGUCAUUUCUAACUGAAGCAUUCACUAAAAUUCUGCAAGUUUUAACUAAAACCCUGAAGGAUGACGCAGAUGCUGAUCUGAUAUUGGCAGGUAAUGAAUGCAUUGCUUUACUAUUAAAAUAUUUACAAUCUAAAUCCUCAUCUUGCUCCCCUGCUUUAUUUGCAUUGAUUUCAAAAGAGAUGACUAACUUCUUGCGCGGAGAAGAAAGCGUCAGCCUGAGUGUUAUUGAGUUAGUAUCUACAGUGAUCAAGGAAAUCUCUUCAAACCUACCUGUAGAGUUCAUAUCUCAAACGAUUGGGCCUGAAUCACUAUUGCGUCCGCUGCGCUACUCAGAUAGCUCUCUGAUUUUAAACAGUGUGAUGUCAGUGUACAGUAACUUGCUAAACUUGAAGAAUAUUCCACUUUUACAAGAAACAUAUAAAUAUGUCUUGACAGAUAUUCAGAAUUCCUAUUCAGUUAUAUUGCCAGAUGUACAAAUAAUAAUACCAGAAUAUCAUGAAAACGUGCACAUUGAUGAUGCAGAUAAAAAUGUGAUUUUCUAUUUACAAUGUUUGUCAGAUCUAGCAAAUGCUAGUAACUCUAUAAUUGGAAUGUGGGCAUUACAACCAAGCAUACUAGAACUGUUGGCUAUAAAGAUGUGUCCCCAUGAAUUAAAUCUAAUUAAAGAAAAGCCAGCUCUUCAAUAUUCUGUCCUAUAUUUACUUUAUUCGCAUUGCAAAAAGAAUAAUCACUUCAUUGCUUCAAGCGACUUGGUUACAAAUACCCAGCAAAGAGCUAAUGACAUAUUUGGCCUAUCAAACCUUAGUCUCGGAGACGUGUCGAGCUCCAGCCCCACAUCUGGCCACUUAGCCGUUAUCCUCAAUACAUUAAGUAUGGUCUUAGAUGAAGAAACUCCAAAAGAAACUUUAAUUUUGGUUCUCAAUUGGAUAUCUGAUAUAUUUUGUCAGCUAGAUAAGUAUUUACCCAUUGUGAGCAUGUCCAAGGGCUUCGUGGUAUUAACUACUAAUAUGCUAACACUGGCAUAUCAAUUCGAUGAAGAUGUAGUUUUGCUUGUUAUGAAGAAUUCCCAACAUUUACUUAAAAAUAAAACUCUCACAUGGAAUGUUUUGGUUUUGAAAACAAUAGCAGUACUUUGUAUUUUACAUAUUGAUAACCAAAAUAAAACAUUGUCAAAUGUUUGCAAAGAUGUACUAUUUGAAUUGCCGUGGGAUAUUGUUCAACUGGAAUUAGACAAACAAGUGGUAAAAGUGUUUACUGCCAGAAAGAUGAGCCUGAAUGUGCUCAAUAGUGAUACUAAGGCUAAUUCUUUUAAAGAAUACCUAAUGCGAGGAUCCUUUUGUAAUCUCUCUAAUCAACAUUUCAAAAUUAUAAUGAACUGUCUUCUCCAGCAUACAAUUGAGGACAAGAAAGCAUUAGUGGAUGCGUUUUUGACAUCGUGGCCAUUACAAACGUCCGAUAUUGACGAAAAUAAUUUAUUGUUCUUCCGACAAUGUGCUACCAGCUUCUCUUCUAUCUGUGUUGGCUGGGCGCUCUCAGAACUGGCUCAAACUUGCGUGUCUUUGAAAUUAAGGACGAUUCUGGGCAAACCACAAGAAACAUUCAUGCGAAUAGAGGGAGCCUUGAAGGGAAUAGCUAGAGAAAUAUCAUCUCACGACACGAAAUACAUUGGUACUGAUCAACAGACGUUAGUCGAAGUUACUACUUCAGAACAGACGAGGACGCGUUGGAUAACAGAGUUCAUGAUGUUCUUAGAAAAAUAUAUUUAUAACGCGGCAGAAGGUACCGCCACAGUAUUACCAGCUGUUGCAAAACCUGUUCGAACCUUCUUCCAUACGAACUGGCCUACGUGUCGAGAGUGGCUCACCAGAGUGCGUCCUGCUGCGCUCGUGGUCAGUCUGUACGCUGGACAUUUUGGCGCUGCUAUUUACCAUGCUUCUCUCAUAUUGCAAAAUGCUGCUGCUAAUCCCAACUCGAAUACUGACAUAGAAUUCUUUGCUAUUAGUAUUGCACGAGCCCUUAUACAAAUUGAAGAGCCAGAGGUUUUGCACGGAUUGUAUGUCUGGAUAAAACAGAACUUUGAUAUGAAAUUUCUUUGGCUAAAAGGAGCCGCCGAACAGGCAAACUCUAGACAUGAACUAGCUAUAGAGUUCUAUAAAAAACUAAAUAACUUAAAACCUAAUGAUGAGGCAAAAGAUAGCGAAUCAUCAACAGCGCAAGUCGACACAAGGAGUAAAAGAUUUAUUGACGACCAGAUAAUGGAAAGUUACAAACACAUACAAAGCUGGGAUGACAUGCAAGAAUGGAAAGACAAUGAACAGUCUCAUGCGAAUAGUUCACAGUGGUGCUCCUUUUCAUCAUUGAAGUUUUUCGAAGAUUCUUCAGAAAUUCCACAAGAAUUCACUAGCUGGGAUAUUCUUGAUAUUGAAGCCAAUAGCUUACCGAAGAACACCUGCUCCUACCAAGGUUUAUUAAAUAAAAUUGAAUCGACGCUAGUGUGCACUGCAGUGCAGAUGUAUAACAGUGAAUAUAAUGACAAAUAUGAGGAUACAUUAAAACAAUGUGACCUCUUACUCAAAUCGCAAGCGGAAGAAUUUUCCAGGACCAAUGCCGUACACUUUUUAAAAGAAGUCGCUGUGUUACAAUUGGCCAAUCAUGGGCUAUGCAACAUUGUCAAGAAUGGGAAGGCAAUUUCUAAUCCAUUUAAACCAUCAACUGUGAAAGAGUAUAAGUACGGAACUGAAUUCAAGAAUUUGAGCCGAAUAUUAUGGUGGAAUCAAUAUUUUACAAAACUAAACCUGACAGAAGAAAAUAUUUUCUUCGCAGAAUGCCUUCGUUUGGAUGUUAUAAAAAGUGCAAGGAAGAACUCAAACUUGAUAAUGGCAAAGAGAGAACUACUGAAACAUUUUAAGCAAAAUUCAGCUUUCCAAAUGUGUUUAGGAAACAUUAAUAAUCUAGAAGACUUAAGUGAAGCACUGCUAAUGUCAACUAAUACUUAUGACCUCGAGAUUUGGACUCUUAACAACGCCACUGCUUUAGCUGAACUUUGUAAGUUGACAUACGCGAAAGAAGAAACUAAAGUACGAGCAGUUAACCUUUGUGCAAGUAUUUCAUUUGGGUUUUCUCAAAGAUUAGCUAUGGGCGAGCAAAGUUAUGAACUGAGGGAAAAGAGUACAAGAUUACUUCUCACACUUUCAAAAUGGGUCCAAAGUGAAACGGAAAAUAUAUUGGAUGUGGAUUCACCCCUAUUGAAGUUGGUUUCAGCUCUACCAGAAAUCGGUUUAGUAGACAACAACAUAUCAGAGAAUGUUAUUCCUGUGUCAGACUCCGCCGUCGGAAAACUUCUGCAAUUUGGCGUCAAUCAAUGCCCAGGGCUGGCUAAAGCAUGGGCUAGUUUUGCAGCUUGGUGCUUUAGGUGGGGUCGAAAAAUGGUAGAAUUCAGUUCCAAAACCCGAGAGCAAUUGACAGAAAAUGAUAAGUUACAAAUUGAGAGCGUUAUGAUUGGAUGCUCACCGCAAGACUUUGAGGCGGUCUGUGAAAUAUUGUCGAAGACAAAAGCUACUUGCGACGAUGAAGAUAUCGAUUGGAAUGAAAUUAAUACAUCUGAAAUGAUAGAGAGCCAACUGCGCACUGUACCAUCUUUAAGCAACGCUUUUCCUGAGCACCUUGCUUUGUUGGUGGAUAUUUGGCGUCAAGCACAAAAACGUGUAUUUUCUUACUUUGAACUUUCGGCAGAUGCGUACUUUAAAUUCCUACAGCUUAUAUGUGCAUCAGACUACAUAAAUCACAGCGGAGAAAACGCUGUUGUUAAUGCUACGUUGAGACUUUUACGUUUAAUCGUAAAGCAUGCAAUGGAAUUGCAAACUGUAUUGGAAUCUGGAUUAGCAAACACACCUACCCAACCUUGGAAAGUAAUUAUUCCGCAGUUGUUUUCGCGUCUCAACCACCCUGAAACGUAUGUGAGAAAAUGUGUAUCUGAUCUAUUGUGCAGACUGGCAGAGGACACGCCACAUCUGAUCACGUUUCCAGCAGUUGUUGGAGCUGUCGAAAAUGAACAGAAUGAUUUGAUGGAGCUAAAUGUUGCACGGACGUUUAUGUCCAAUGACGCUGAAAGCGGUGAAGAUAAUCUCGAAAUUGAUGAUGCCGCUAGCGACAAAGUUAUCAACAAUGAGCUAAAUUCUUGUUUCCUUGAUAUGGUUGAAACUCUAGCAAAACAAGCCCCGAAAACGAUUCUGCAAGUUAAACUGUUAGUCAAAGAAUUGCAAAGAAUUAAUUUGCUUUGGGAUGAGUUGUGCCUCGGUACAUUGGUCCAACAUCACUCAGAGUUUACGAAGCGACUGACACAAUUAGAAAUCGAAGUUGCUAAGGUCAAAAAUAAUUCGUAUUUAUCUGCAGAAGACAAAGAAAAGCUGAUCAAAGAAAAACAUCGUAUUAUCUUCGAGCCAAUCGUUUAUGUCUUAGAGCAACUCUAUCAUGUAACUUCAGCUAAACCAGAGACGCCACAUGAACUAUCAUUUCAAAAUAAAUUCCAGUCUCUUAUCACGGAUGUUAUAGACAAGUUGAAGAACCCCACGAACCCAGAUAAGCCACAAGAGUCGUGGGCGCCCUUGAAACAACUACAAAUAAAACUUCAACAAAAAGUGAACAAAAGAUCUCCAUACAUUUUGAGAAUGUCAGAUAUCAGCCCUGUAUUGGCAGAGCUUAAAAAUACAGUGAUUACUAUGCCAGGAGUACAUACGAAUCAGAGAGCCGUUAGAGUAACUAUAAAAUCGGUUGAAAACAAUGUAGCUAUUCUCCCAACAAAGACAAGACCAAAGAAAUUAGUGUUCUACGGGUCAGACGGCAAGGCUUAUACGUACUUGUUCAAGGGAUUAGAAGAUCUGCAUUUGGACGAGAGGAUUAUGCAGCUGCUGUCUAUUACCAAUACAAUGAUGGCCAGAGACUCUGAAAACAAUGAUAAUCAGACUUAUCGAGCGCGCCAUUACUCGGUGAUACCCUUAGGUCCGCGUUCGGGACUGAUCAGCUGGGUAGAUAACGUGACACCACUGUUUGCAUUGUACAAACGCUGGCAAAAUCGAGAAGCCGCCAUUCUAUCUGCUAGAACCAAUAAGACCGUUAACGUGUUGCGACCUUCCGAAUUAUUUUAUAACAAGUUAAAUCCUCUUUUGAAAGAAGCGGGUAUUUCAACGGAAAACAGAAAAGAAUGGCCAGUGUCAAUCCUGAAGCAAGUUCUGCAGGAGUUGUCAGCGGAGACUCCGCGCGACCUGCUGUGGCGUGAGCUGUGGUGCAGCAGUGUGAGUCCGGAGCAGUGGUGGCAGAUGACGCGCCGGUACAGCUACUCGGUGGCCGUGAUGAGCACGAUAGGGUACAUUAUCGGUCUGGGCGACAGGCACUUGGACAAUGUGUUGGUGGACCUCACGUCGGGCGAGGUGGUGCAUAUAGACUAUAACGUGUGCUUCGAGAAAGGCAAGACGCUGCGCGUGCCGGAGAAGGUGCCGUUCCGGAUGACACCCAACUUGGUGACGGCGCUGGGCGUCACAGGAGUCGAGGGUAUAUUCCGCCUCGCCUGCGAGCACGUCCUCCGCACAAUGAGACGCGGCCGCGAGACACUACUGACACUCCUCGAAGCCUUCGUAUACGACCCGCUGGUGGAGUGGGGCGGAGCCGCCGGUGGAGGGGGCAAGCGUCGCACCACCGCGCGCGACGUACGCGCAGCCGUCGCCAUGAUGGCUGUCAGAGCGCACGAGUUGAAGCAUCACUUUAAUGAAGUCACCGAACAAUUUCUGGCCGUGCUACCCGAUAUAAAGCAAUGUGCAGAAGACUGGCUCAAAGAGAACGAUGAGUUGAAGUCAGUGGAAACUAGACUGCAAGACUGUCACCAGCAGAUGGCACUGAUCAAGGAAAUAGAAGCUUACGGACCUAAUCUUAACAAUCAUCCACUAUACGCCAUUUCUCAGAAAUACACGUCUUACAAACAAGCCAAGAACGCUGUGGAGGACUCCAUGAAAAUGUUAGUGAAGAUACUGAAGGAUUUCGAUACUCAGAUCGAAAGUUUCGCGAGUACGACCGAAGCAAUCAAUGGGCCACAACUCAUGGCGUGGGUCCAAGAAUUCUCCGGAUCCGACGACGAGGAGGAGCAACCGAUAUUCGAACAUAUAAAAGAGUUUUUGACGAAUGCUGGACAGGGCGCCAUGUUGUCUCAGUGUGAACAAGCUGAGACGGAACUGUACCAGAGCAUGAAGCAGACACAUCAUCUCGUGAGAUCGUGCCUGGAGCUGCUGUCGCAAUACGUGGCGGUGUCGCAGUACUACCCGCAGAGCCACACGGAGUACCACCGCGUCGUGAUGUUCAGGAAGUGCCUCGCCGCCGCGCUCGAGAGCAAGUCUCCCGAGGUGUGCCGAGAAGUGGCCAGCCAAGUGACGGCACAGAUCAGCGUCGACAACAACAAGGAUGACACAUCACAACAGAUCAUUAAUUACAAUUACCGCUUACAAAACAUGAAUGCUGAAGCCAACGCUAACUUGAACAAGGCUAUAGAGAGACUGCAGUUGGAAGGUGGUCCUGAUGCAUUAGCUUUGGCCCAGGAAGCCUACAGAGAGGCGAAGACUAACAUAAGCAACUGGGUGAGGACUGAAGAAGGUGCAGGAGCCGCAUUAGAGUGUGUGGUAAUUGGCAUGCUUUGCAACCUGAACAGGAGAUACUUGAUGUUGGAGAAUGGAGCUCAGAGUGCAGGGGACUGCCUUGUGGACUUGACAUCUAGAGAAGGCGAAUGGUUCUUGGAUGAUAUGAGUGCUUUAUCCAUGCAGGCAGUAGAGCUCCUCUCGUUACUGCCGCUACAAUCAGCAUCGGCUGAAGACGCCGCCAUGCCGGUCGCCGUGGAAUGCGUCCGGAACACGAACCUGCUACUAGCCGACUUAGUACAGCUGAACUACAACUUCAGCACCAUCAUAUUACCCGAGGCGUUGAAGAAGGUGCACUCUGAAGACCCGUCGGUGCUGCUGAUGAUCAAUGAGCUGAACGCUGUCAUCAUGAACUCGCCGGUGCCUCUCAACGAACUUCUGACGCAGUUGGAGAUGCACCUUAGAUACUUGGUUAUGGAUAUGGAGUCUCCAGCGAGUGGUGCCCCCCUCCUAGCCGCAGAGGUCCGAGCUCGCUACGAAGCCCUCCUCUCAGCAUCAACAUCAGAAGCUGAAGGUCAAUCAGCCGGGCGCAUGCUGCUGAUGGGCUUCAACGGGCUGUUUGCGGCCGUGGAGCUGCGCGCUAGAGAGCUGGCUGAUCAUCUGGCUAUACCCAUCCCCCCUGCGUGGAGGAAGAUUGAUCAUAUUAGCGAGUCUAUGCAUAUGUCGGCGGCACUCCAAAGCCCGGUUCUCCGAGCUGUGCUAGAAGACAUCUUCCUAGUGCGUCGCGUGCAGAGCAUCGCGGAGGUGUUCGCGAUGGUGGCGCAGUGCGCGUGCGCAUUCAAGGCGAACGGCCCGCCCUCGCUGUUUGACGAUGCCGCGCUCUGCAAGCCUGUUAGGAGGUUCAGUGCGGAGUACGUGUCGCGCUGCGUGCUGGGCGUGCACUCGAAAGCGCUGGCGGCCGUGCUGUGUCUGCUGCUGCGCCGCGCCCGCCUCGACCUGCACGCCGAGGUCGAGCAGAAGGAGAUCGGAGCAUCAUGGAGCGUCUCUCUGGAGUCCCUGUGCGAGAAGGCGCGGGCGUGCAGCCCCGGCGCCGAGCGCGGCGCGGCGCUGGCGCGCGCGCUGGCGGCGGCGCGGGCGCGGCUGCAGCGCGCGGCGCGGGCCGGCGCGGCGCACGCGCGCGGGGCGGCCGCCGCGCACCGCGCGCGCCUCACGCACGCUGCGCACUCGCAUCUGCAUGCUGAGGUGCUAGGCAGCAACCAGGAGUCAGGAGCAGCGCUGCUGCGUCGGUCGCGCGAGCUGUCGAACGCGGUGGAACGCUUGUCGGCCGCCAGCAGCAAGGCCGGAGCCCUGCUCACUGCCGCACAUCAGAGAGUCAAAUGGGGCGCAGGAGCCAACCCAGCUCUCUCCGGCGUCGCCGUCGGCCUCGCCCGCGCCGGCGCCGCCGCCAGCACCCGCGCCCAGCGCCUCAGCGCCGCCGCCGCCGCGCUGGCGCAGCACGCCAGAGCGGCGGCUGCACAGCGACCAGCUCGCGCCAGGGGCCGGCAGCACCAUGCUGUGCUGACUGCGCUGCAUCAUUGGGAGAAGGCAUGCACACUGGCACAGAAAUAUUCUUUGAAAGUAUCUCCAGUUGAAGAGUCGCUUAUGGAGAUGUUACACCCUGAAGGAAAUAUAGACACACAAUGGGUGGACAACGUGUCAGCCCUCCUCCGCGAGAUGAUCUCCCAGCUGAGCGCGGAGUCCAGCGCCCGGCGCCUGCGCGUGCGCAGCGCGGGCGCGGCGCGGCGCGCGGCCGCCGAGCGCGCGGCGCCGCCCGCCGCCGCGCGCGCGCACCUCCUGCACGACGUCCGCCAGCCGCUGCUCACGCUCGCGCAGGCGCAUGAGGGCAACAACUUAGCCUCAGAGUUCUUGUCUCAAGAGAAGACAGUAUCGGAUCAGAUACAAGCGCUGUGGGCGACCCGCGACCACGAGGUGGCGGUCAGCGAGGCGAGGGACGCCGCCGCCGCGCUGCUCGACGGACUAGCGCAGCACCACGAUGCGCUCUUACAACUACACAGCAACUGGGUGUCGGAGUCUGGCGCCCGCAAGCUGACGCGCCAGCAGGCCCUCGCCGCGCCCGGUAAAGCCGCCGCCUCCAGGCAGGGAGGCGAGCGCAACGCGGUGGGCGCGGGCGUGUGGAAGCGCGUGCGGCUGAAGCUGGAGGGACGCGACGACGCCCUCGCGCAGCGCCGGCACGCGCUGCACGACCAGGUGGAGCACAUCAUCAAGGAAGCAGUCUGCAGUGGGAACCUGUGCAUGAUGUACGAGGGCUGGAUGGCGUGGGUGUGAGCCCUCCCCCGCGCCGCCCGGCGCUGCCCCGCCCCCAGACAGCCGGCCCCGCCCCCGGCACCGCCCCCCGCCGCCCAGGCCGUAAAGGCCGCUCGGGCCGCACAGAGGGACGGAAUAACUCGUUUAAGCCUCACUUUUGGUACCACGUUUUUUACUAGUUUUAUCUUUUUUGUUCGUUUUCGUUUGUAACGCAGCGUGUCCUCGACACGUGCGCGACAUUCGGCGGCUCAGAACAAACCGAGCCGAGACCCGACCCCGGGUACACGGAACAACUGUCAGUCCGGCGCCGCCCGGCCGAGGGGCGGCGUCUCCGACAGAUAAUACUCGGCGUAGUUGUAAGAGCAGCGCGACGUGGCGACCCAAGGCCCGGUGACCUGGCGACCCGUGACCCGGUGACCCCGCGACCCGGCGACCUGGCGCCGCGACCCGCGACUGUGACGGACAUGCCCCGCGCGGCAUCUCGUUGUAUCGUGUCAGAAAUGUGACGCAGCCUCGUCAUCUCAUGUAGUCUGUAUAUACAACGACUCGUUGUUACACGCUACAUGCUCGCUCGUCAACAUUUCGCAUUAACUUAAGUAAUGUCUCUCUCGCACUCGUGCGAUUACUGUGUUUAUCUCUAUAAACAUGUUGGAGUCAAGGCGAGAAACUUCUCACGUUAGUGACAUCAUUGGCAUACAAAAUUCAUUUGUAGCUCAUCUAUGAUAACUUUUUAAUAUAAAAAAACACUUAAAAAAUCCAAAAAAAUAUAUUAAUAACAACGAAACGAACUAUGCAGAAUGGCAAUACUAAUCCAUUCAUUUUUUGUCUCUGGACGUAAUUGUAAUGUCAUUUAAGAUGUAGAUCCCAUACAGCAUGCAAUCAUAGUUGCAUUAAAUAUUAAACUGUAGCAUCCUCACCAUAGCUCAAUUGGUAUAAAUUAUAACUUUAGACUUAUAUUCCAAGUAAUAGGCCAUUGAAAUUUGAAAUAGAAACCUGAAUAAAUACAGAAGUAGGAGUUUUGCACGAAACUCGCUAGCUCUCAAAUAAUUCUGUUCAUGUUAACAUUUAUAAACAAUAUUUCGAUAUUCUAUAUUGUAACGCAUAAAUGUAUCUUAAUGUAGACAUUAAUUUAGUACUGGUACUCAUUUCUUGUAAAAAUAAUAAUGUUAAAUUAAUCAGGCGCCACCAACUAAAGUGUCAUAAACUAGACAAAAUUCAAAAUUAAGUCAAUAGUAAAAAUAUGAUGAGUUUUGUGAUAUCCAAGAACUUAAUCUUUUAAGAUAAUUGCCAAAUUCUCUCAAUGUAACAGACUAGUAAAUUCAACUUAUCUGAUGUAUCAAAAAAUCACCUUACUGUCAUCCUAAUAUUUAUCUGCUUUGCAGUUUUCAUUAUGAUCAACAACGCUUAGCUACCUGUGCACUCGUUUGUCAUGGUUACACUAAGUGCUGAAUCGUGACGGUAUGUGUAAGACCAGAUUAUUGUAAUAAAACGAUAGAUAUUUUUUUAUUUUUUGAGAACUGACAUAAUACAGCAGAUUCAUACUUCAUUUUACUGACAGUAUAAAAUAUGUUGUAACUUGGUGGCCUCUGAAAUAUCUUCCUAUCGUAGGCCGCAAUAAAUAUUUCUAUGAUGAGAUAAAAGUAAUUAUUUGCAUGUUUUUUUUUUGUAUCGUAUCGGUGUAGUCUAUUCAAAAAUGUAUUUUAAGAAUUUUGA